AUGCUGGAAUCAUUAGCGGCAGGAUUACUGAACCGAUUUCUGGGGGCUUACGUGGAAAACUUCGAUAGCAAACAGCUCAAUGUCGGUAUUUGGAGUGGUGAUGUGAAGCUGAAAAACUUGAAACUGAAGAAGGAGUCGCUAGACGCGUUGGAUCUUCCAAUCGAUGUGCAAUUUGGGUUUCUAGGAGAUCUCACGUUACAGGUGCCAUGGUCGAGCCUAAAGAACAAGCCGGUAAAAAUUCUUAUCGAAGACGUGUAUUUACUGUGUGGGCCUCGUAACCAAUCGAUGGCUAGUGCUGCAGAAGACGAGGAGCGAGACCUGCGUCUCAAACUACAAAAAUUGGACGAAUAUGAGGCGUUGAGCAGGGCGCAACCCCAAGAUCAGGACAGUGCCGACGCCAAUGAAAGCUUCACGCAAUCUCUUGUCACCAAGAUUGUCGACAACUUGCAAGUCUCGAUAAAAAACAUUCAUGUCAGAUACGAGGAUAUGGAAAACGUAUUUGCAGAAAUUCCAUAUUCCGUGGGCAUAACACUGAGCGAGCUGUCCGUUGUUUCCACCGACGAAAAUUGGCAGCCCAGCUUUAUCUCGAUCACAAGUGCCAUUGCUCGCAAGCUCCUAACGUUGAACUCACUGGCGGUGUACUGGAACGCGGGAACCAAAAGUGUAUACCACCCCGAUCACGAUGAGCUGUUUAGACGACUAAGAAACCUGAUCAGCAAUAGAAAUACGCUUCCGAACCACCAGUUUUUAUUGAGACCCGUGACAGGUGCUGGGCGGCUUGUGCUUAACAAAUUGGGUGCUACAGACGAUUCUCCACACAUCGACAUUGGCUUGAUUUUCGAUAAGUUUGGAUUCGAUAUAAACAAUUGCCAGUACGAAGACAUUCUCAACACUCUAUCGAAGCUACACUGGUAUCAAAAAACGUUGAAGUUCAGAAAGAAAAGACCCGACUUCAGCGUGAGCGAAAAUCCCAAAGCUUGGUUCAAGUACGCCGCAGAGGCUGUGCUGCAAGAAGUACAUGAGAAGAAUUAUAAAUGGAGCUGGGAAUAUAUUAAAUGGAGAAGGGACAGAAAAAGAGAAUAUCUCGAUUUGUGGAAACAGAAACUUGCCGCUGACGCCAAGUCGCAACAGCUUUCUGUAGGUGAUCAAGAGAAACUCAAGGACCUGCAUAAAAGUCUCACUUUCAAUGACAUCAAGUCCUUUAGAGCGACAGCUCGGAAAUCAUACGCCACACAAAAAUUAGAAAACCGGAACUCUAUGACUGAAACAAAUAAAGGAGCGUCAAACAGCACGACCGGUUGGUUUUCCUCUUGGUGGAGUGGGGCAUCUACAAAAAAUGGGAAUGAAGAUGAAUUUGCUAUGACUGCGGAGCAAAAGCAAGAGCUUUAUGAUGCCAUUGAAUUCGAUGAAAAUAAAGAUGUUCCUGAGUCUUCGGACUUACCGCGAGAUAGAAUAAUCACGAAGGUUUCUUGUUCGUUGCAUCAGGGGUCAUUUUCAAUCAUAAACAAAGAUAAAGGGAUGACGCUGGGAGAGGUGAUUUUUGAAAACUCUGAAACCAUCUUCUUUCAGCGUCCAGAUUCGUUUUUUGCUUCGUUCAAACUGCAUGAGCUCAAAGUCGAAGACGGGUCUCCGAAUACUCUAUACAAACAUAUUGUCAGUGUUAAGAACCUACAAUUGGACGAAGAUGGUCACUCUCCAAAGUUGGAAGAGCCAUUUUUUCAAGUUGCUGUUGAAAAUAAUCCGCUAGACGAAUCUGCUGACAACAAGGUAGAUAUCAAACUUCGAAGUAUGACAGUCUUCUAUCAUGUUCACUUCAUCAAUGAGAUUAUCAGGCAAUUUCGCCCACCACAGCAGCAUUUGGAUACAAUUGGGGCCAUCAUGAAUGCGGCCGAAGCGACAGUGGAGAGCUGGUCCGUUCAAAGCAGAAUGGGACUGGAAUCAAUACUUGAGGAUCAUAAAACUGUCAAUCUCAGUCUAGACCUACAGGCUCCUUUGCUUAUCGUUCCACUCGAUCCUCAUAAGUGGGACUCGCCCUGUGCUGUCAUUGAUGCUGGCCAUAUAUCUAUUAUGAGUGAUCUUGUUCCUAGAGAAACUUUGAGAAAAUAUAAAAGCCUGAGCCCAGCCGAGUAUGAGAGGCUAGAUGCAAAGGAUAUCAAGAGGCUUAUGUUCGAUCGAUUCAAGCUCCGUUUAACCGAUACCCAAUUUUUAGUCGGCCCAGAUAUACGAACGACAAUAUCUGAUUUGAAAAUGAGCGAAAGAGAGAGCCCGCUGAUCAUUUUGAACAAUCUUGAGGUUGAAUUAGAUGUCGAUGUAUCGAUCCUGCCUAAAGCCUUAAAUUUACCAAAAAUUAGGGUGUAUGGGAAGCUGCCCAUGCUCAAAAUUUCUCUAAGCGAUUUCCAGUACAAAAUCAUCAUGCAGUUGAUAGACAACUGCAUGCCAGAUUUUCAUGAUCCUCUUGCUAGCGAAGAGGAAAUUGAGCUAGGGGCACCUUGGGCGGAAAGAGAUCUCUCUCCCAACAAGGAGUUAAACAUUCUCAGGCAAUCUUUGCGGACAUUGAACGAAAUGUCCAGUGCAGAACUUCGCCAGCGCCUGCUUCAUCUAAGUUUUGAUGUUGACAUUAUUCAAAUCUCAAUGUUCAAAUGCUUUGAUGCCAAAACUCUCAAGUCGGACCCGCUAGUCAAUUUGGUGGGAAAUAAUUUACACCUCACAUUUUCCAAACGAGCGCAAGAUAUGGAUCUCGGUCUAAAUCUACAAUCUUUCAAAAUUGAGGACUGCAUAAGUUCUAACAUUCCUGACGCCUUCAAACACUUGGUGUCUUCCUCUAAGGAAAGUGCUCAGGGAACUCCUUUGUUCAAGUUAAAACUCAACAGAGCUCAAAGAAUCGUAACAUACAAUGACACCUUGAUUGAAGUCUUUGAUCAGGAUAUUGACAUUACCAUGACUGAGUUGUCAUUCGUUCUAACACCAAAAUCAAUUCUGACGCUGCUCAAUUAUACCCUGACCACCUUUACGGACCCCAGUGCACCUGAAAUGCCCGUGGAUGCGUUGAAGCAUAAUUCCCCUGAUUUGGCAGACUCUCCUCAAAAGAUCAAUUUACGCAUGAAUAUGGAUAACGUUAUUGUUGUGCUCAAUGAUGAAUCUGAAAAGUUGGCCACUCUUGAGCUAAGCGCAGGCGAAGUUGAACUUUUUAUGCUACCUGAAAAGAUGAAGUUGAAGGCCAAGCUGGGUGCGAUGCAGCUAACAAACGAGAUCCAUGAGGAAUUCGAAUAUGCUUCUCCGAUGAGGAAACUGAUAAGUAUGAGUGGGAAAGAAUUAGCGGAACUAUCAUAUGAAACAUUUGACAAUCAUAAGGACGACGUUGAAUUCUCCUGUGCAAUUGGUUUUAAGACGGGUUCUAUGGAUGUCAAUUUCGUUGACGGGCCCAUAAACCGUAUCAUUAACUUUUUGGCUAAAUUCCAGAAGAUGAAAGUUUUAUUCGAUAAGGCACGAGAAGCAGCUUAUGACCGGGCACCCAGUAUCGAUACAGUCAACAACACUAAACUUGAAAUCUCAAUAAAAGCACCUGUCAUUACCUUCCCGAAACUCAUCAACCCUAAAAAAGACACUUACGAUAAUAUCACAUUUUACUUAGGUGAGCUUUCGAUUUCGAACUCUUUUCUGAGGAAAGAUGGCGUUUCAAUCAACCAAAUCAAGGCUGGUAUAAGAUCAGGAAGCCUGGCCUCAUUGUUUCAUUUAGAAGGCGGAAUAUCGCAAAAUUUGAAUCUGGUUGAUGGGCUAGACUUACGUUUUGACAUUGAUCACCACCAAGGGAACGAAGGAAACCGCUCCAAAUUGAUAGUAAAGGGUUUCUUCGAGCCGCUCCUUGCAAAGCUGACAGAGCUACAACUGCAGUAUCUCUACGUACUUUCCCAAAACUUAGCUAAUGCAUUCAUCAUUGACCAGCAUGAUGAGGACUUGGAUGAAAUUCAAGACAUCGCAUUAUUUGCAAAUACUGUCGUACCAACUGGCAGCGGGUUGGAGAGUUCAUCCGUAACAAUCCCUGACAGGAGUGCAUUUGAUGAGGAAGCAGUUGCCCAAGAAACUGAUAUCAGUCUCGAGUUUUCGGCACCGGAGCUAUCUUUGACGGUUUACAACAAUACAAAGCAGGUGGCUGAUAUCAAAAACAAAGGUGUAACGAAGAUAAGCCUCAACGAGAUUGGAUUGUCUCUGCACAUCGCAAAAGAAACAAACAUAAAUGCCGAAACACACAUUUCUUCUUUCACUGUUGAGGACAUCCGGCAGACGAAAUACAAUCAGUACAAUGAAAUCAUACCAGGAGUAUCACACGAGAAUUAUCAAUUUAUGGCCUCUUUCAAGAGAGAAAAGCGUGAAACGUCAGAAACAGACAAUGUUAGCGUUACAGUUGACAGCCCGAAGGUCGUUUUGGCAUUGGAUUACUUGUUUGCAUUGAAAGCUUUUGUUGAUGCAUCUGUGAAUGUUAAGUCGCCCGCUAAACUUCUCCCGGCGGCUCAAGGUCAGCUAGUUCCCUUGGCAAUUGAAGACAAAAAGACAGUGACUAAAAGGCACUUAUUUUACUCGAUAAACGUCGUUGAUAGCUCCAUUAUACUACUUUCCGACCCAUCAGACUUGAAUACUGAAGCUAUUGUCUUCAAAGUCGGCCAACUACUUCUUACUGACCAAAAUAUCACAACGGCCAAUGCGAAUAAUGUCGGGAUGUUUUUAUGCAGAAUGCAGUCCUUCGAUCAGAACCGCAUUCGUCUCCUGGACGACUUUUCGGCAUCUGCCGUUGUAGAUCAGAGGGAAUCGACUUCCGAAAAGUUUCUGACCAGUGUCCAAUUAUCCGUUGAGCCCCUCAUUAUGAGGCUUGCUCUGAGAGACAUAAGGCUUGCCAUGUCAAUAUUCAACAGAGCUGUGGCACUUGCCAAAGAGCAUGGACUGACAGGGGAUGCGAACACGAGAGAGGAGGAAGUCACGUAUGGUAAUUUUUCGAAAGAAUUCAAAAAAACGCUGUCGAGGUAUGCCCCGAGCUUGGUUUCCUCUGUCAGUAAUCUCUCGAGGGGGGAAGGGACGGACAAUACCCGAAAUGUUACUGUGGUCAAAGACGAAAAGCUUGAAGCAGACUUUCAAGGUUUACGGCUUGUGUUGAUCGGGGAUGUUCAUGAACUGCCAAUAAUUGACAUGAGCGUCAAACCUUUCACAGUCACGGCAAAGGAUUGGUCUAAUGAUAUUGACUUGAUAUCUUCCAUCGAAACUUACGCAAAUAUUUUCAACUACUCAAGGUCUAGUUGGGAACCCCUUUUGGAAACCGUACCUUUAUCUUUCCACCUUUCUAAAGGAGUUGAAGGAGACGCGGCUUUCUAUUUUGACAUUAUUUCAAGAAAAUUGGCCGAAGUGUCACUUUCCUCCCGCACUAUUGCCCUCUUGUCCCAGAUCCCCAACUCGCUUUACCAAAAGGUGGACACUGAAGCUAGAGGGGCCACUAAACCUUACAAAAUUUUCAAUGACACUGGUAUGACUCUAGCGGUUUGGAUUCCAUCGAAAGGAUCUAAAGCUCAAGAUAGUAAAACUGUUCUUGAAAAUGGGGUGACGACACCUUGGGAGUUCGAGGACUGGAGAAACGUCAGAGAGAAUCUAGAUACCGACGACUCCAUGAAUAUUCUAGGAGUGGAAAUCGAAGGUCAGCUGUUUCAGACAUCUCUGAAAAUAGAUGCAACUUCGGAAGGGGAGGACGUUUAUACCUUGCACCCAGCCGUAAAUGGUGUCCAUGCGAGAUUAGCUUGUGAGCUAAAGCUAUGCGAGGAUAAUAUUAAACUUGUCACCCUCAAGUCUACGCUUGUGCUGCAGAAUGCUACUGCUGGUAGCCUUUUUUUCAAAUUGGCUGAAAACGAGAAUAAUGUUAAAGAGGUUCUACCCGGCCAGUCCCGAUCUAUUCCUGCUCAAGAUGCCUACAACGCCCGAGUUUAUUUGAAGCCAGAGGGAGACUACAGUUGGUCAAGUGAGAGCAUUUACUGGAAAAAUCUUCUAUCGAAUCCUUCUUCUAUUUCUUGUGGCUCAAACCACAGGGAUACGCCGUUUUUUUACGAAGUCGAUGCAAAAUUCGACUCAAACGAGCCCUUGGCGAGAAUAUAUCCCCACAUGCACAUGGUAGUCUCAUCCCCUCUAGUACUAGAAAAUUUGCUGCCUUAUCCGAUUGACUACAAAUUGUUUUGGAAGUCAGAACGUGUGAGUAAAUCAAGGGCGAAAAAUGAAACGAAGGUGUGCUCGCUAGAAAUUGGGGAGCGUGUCUUGAUACACAGUGUUACUUUGAGCGAUUAUAUUUUGCUUUCUUUGCGACCUCAAAAUGAAGACGUUUGUAUGUCUGAACAAGCCUUAAUCAAUGCUAAACCCGAGUCAGAAUUGGAACCUGAGAGCAUUGUCAGUCUACGUUACGAAAAUGGGCAAAGAUUGAAUCUCAAACUUAACUAUCAGAAAAUCGAUGGGUCUCGUGCUAAAGUUAUAAGCGUCUACUCUCCAUACCUCAUUUACAAUGGAACGGAUCGCGACCUUCAGAUAGAAGGAGAUAGGCAUAACAAUGCGUAUUCGAAAGUUUUGUUGAAGUCUGACGAUUCGACUCGUUAUACGAAACCCACGAUGUUCUCUUUCGACAAAGAUCGAUCCAACAAAAACCGGGCGCGCAUCAAGUUCAAAGACUCCGAUUGGAGUGUUCAAACUUCAUUGGACGCUAUAGGGCGGUCGGUCGACUUAGCCUUGGAAAUUCCCAAUCGAAACCAAGAGAGCAACGUCGGAAUCACCGUAUCUGAGGGAAGCGGGAAAUACGCCCUCAGUAAAAUCGUUAAGAUAUUGCCCCGAUACAUCAUUCGCAACAGCUUAAAUGUCGACUUGGAAGUAAGCGAAUAUGGAUCAACUUCUGUGAUGAAAGCAUGUUCGAACGUGUCUUUUCCUCUUUACAAAAUGAGAAAUAUCAUUGACAAGCACAUGUGCAUAAAAUUCGUUGGUUCACAGUCGCAAUGGUCUUCUCCGUUCAUGAUAAAAGAUAUUGGAUCUAGCUACGUGAAAGUUCUCAAGAACGGAUCUGGACACCAGUUGUUGAAGCUGGACAUAGUUCUCGAAGACUCGACAAUAUUCAUUAAUAUCGCAGAUGCUCAAGGUCAAUGGCCGUACUCGAUAAGGAACUUCAGUGACCACGAAUUUAUCUUCUACCAGCGUGACCCGCACGCUUUUGAUAAUGAGGAAGACUAUGACUUGUACGAUGAUCUAGGAGACAUGCAGUAUGAACCACUUUAUUACAGAGUGCCACCGCGAAGUGCCAUGCCUUACGCGUGGGACUACCCUGCAGCCCGACAGAGAAAGCUAAUUUUGACUUGCAGACAGCGCAAACGCGAGAUACAGCUUGCAGAAAUAGGCAAUUUGCGUCCCAUGAGGCUAUCUCCCCGAACGUCACGAGAAUCGAUUGAUAUUGUUGACUUAAACGUGGUUGCAGAUGGUCCAACUCAGGCGCUAGUCAUCACAAACUAUAACCCGGAGUUCAGUCUUUAUAAGCUAAGGUCAGGACAAGCGACCUCCACAUCUUUGUCCUCUGACAAGGGUGACCGCUUUGAGGCUAAGGAAGAAGACAAAAACAUUUUUACCAAGGUCAUCGUAUCGCUGGAAGGUGUGGGCAUAUCGCUCAUAAAUACCCGGCUGCAAGAACUGUGUUAUAUCACAUUAAGCGGUCUAGAACUGAGGUACAAUGAAUCAGAUUUAUAUCAAACCUUGAGUCUGAAGCUUAAGUGGAUGCAAAUUGACAAUCAACUCUUUGGCGGUAUAUUCCCCAACAUUCUCUAUCCUACGGCGAUUCAAAAGAAUCUCAAGGAACUUAACAAUCAUCCUGUUCUGUCCGGGUCUAUAUCGAAAGUGAAAGAUGACACACAUGGUGUCCUGUAUCUGAAGCAUGCCACCCUUUUACUACAAGAGCUAACGAUACAGCUGGAUGAGGAUUUUCUCUUUGCACUCAUAGAUUUUGCCAAAUUUCCCGGAGCAUCAUGGAUCAUUGACGUCAAGGAUGGGGUGGAUACCGAGUAUACUAUGCUUCCUUAUCCAAAUGAGCUACAAGAGAACCACGACAUUUAUUUCGAGGUGUUCCAUUUACAACCUACAAUGCUUCAUUUGUCUUUUGUUCGCACAGAACAUCUGAAUGUUGAUACCGAGCGUGUUUCUCCUCAGAACACACUAAUGUUUUUGGCGAAUGUAUUGACGAUGGCGUUAGGGAACGUAAAUGAUGCACCCAUCAAGUUGAAUUCGCUUUUCAUGGACAAUGUUAAAGUUCCUUUGUCUAUGCUGUUCAAUGCUGUUCAAACUCACUACAGUCAACAGUUUUUCUACCAGAUUCACAAAAUUUUAGGAUCAGCGGACGUUCUUGGUAACCCCGUUGGUCUCUUCAACAAUAUCAGCUCAGGCGUUUGGGACAUAUUUUAUGAGCCCUACCAAGGCUAUAUGCUCAACGACAGACCUCAAGAACUUGGGAUCAGUAUUGCAAAGGGUGGAUUGAGCUUUGUUAAGAAAUCUGUCUUCGGGCUGUCCGAUAGUUUCGCGCGAUUCACGGGCUCUGUUGCCAAAGGACUUUCUGUUGCAACACAAGAUACCGAGUUUCAAGAGCGCCGUAGACUGGAGCAAAGAAAAGCCAGAAAUAGUAAAAGUAUGAACGGAAUAGGCUCUGGUGCAACCUCCUUUGUCAAUGGUGUUAGUAGCGGCUUGAGAGGAAUUGCGUUCGAUCCAUAUAAAGGCGCCUCUAAAAAUGGAAUGCCAGGGUUCUUGAAGGGUUUGGGCAAAGGCUUCAUAGGUCUUCCAACAAAAACAGCGAUCGGAGUUUUAGACCUGGCUAGUAACGUCAGUGAGGGGAUCAGAAACACCACUACUGUUAUGGAUGCAUCGCUGACCAACCGUGUUCGUCUUCCUCUAUACGUGGGAUUCGACAAAACUAUCAGGCCAUAUAGUUUGCGAGAGUCGCAAGGCCAGUUCUGGCUAAAAAGUGCCAACGGCGGCGAGUGUAUUUCAGACAAAUACCUGGCGCACGUUGUUCUUCCAGGUAAACAGUUGGCAGUCAUUGUAUCGUUGUCACACGUGGUUGAGGUUCGGUUGUCAAACUUGGAAAUAAUGUGGAAAGUGCGCUACAGAGAUGUCCGGUCCAUGACAUUGGAAAGGGCUGGCUUGGUAAUUACGCUCAAAAGUGCGUCUACCGAACUGUUUGUUCCAAUUUCCGACCCUGAGGAAAAAAGAUUCUUGUACAAGAACAUCUCGAUCGCGGUUAAUGAGUACAACAAAUAUUGUCAGGCGGAACUUUGA